AUGCGGGCGAGCCCCGUGCGCUGCAGCAGCAGCAACCCGCAGCAGCAGCAGCAGCUGCUGCUGCUGCUGCAGAAGUACAAGUACGUCGCCAGGCUCCCCAUCUUCUUUCCCGUGCAGCUGCUGACCCGCACCACUUUGGCGUGGCUGCUGCAGCGCCUCCCGGGGGGGCUUUUGUCUCCAAACUGCAGCAGCAGCAGCAGCAGCAGCAGCAGCAGCAGCGGCAGGCCGUGCAGGAGCAGCAAGGGGGGACGCUUGGCUCUGGCGAGAAACCCGACCUCGGGGGGGAGGACAGCAGCACCUGCUGCAGCAAACGCUGCUGCUGCUGCUGCUGCUGCUGAGCCUACUGCCACACGUCUUCCGCAAACAAUCUAUGAGCAGAAGCAGCAGGAGCAGCAGCUUCUGCAGCAGCAGCAUGGGCAGCAGGAGCAGCAAGAGCAGCCCGAGCAGCAGGACCUGCAGCAAAGCCAGCAGGAGCAGCGGAAGCAGCAUGAGCAGCAGGAGCAGCAGCAGCGGCAGCAGCAACAGCAGCAGCAGCAGCAGCAGCGGAGGCGGGAAGGCGGCAGAACCACCGGCUUCAGUUGCAGGUGUAUGGACAGCCCUGGUCUCACCCACUUCUCCACGGAGACACUGCAGCAGCAGCAGCAGCAGCAAUGGCGCAUGCUGCCUUGCAGCAGCAGCAGCCGUUGCUGCUGCUGCAGUCGCAGCAGCACGACAAAGUCCACACAUUUUCUGCUGCUGCCGCGUCUGCGUCGCCGGCUGCCGCUGCUUCGAGUGCUGAAGACGAAGUGCAGCAGCAGCAGCAGCAGCAGCAGCAGGCGCUGCGUACUCACGUGCCGUGGCAAAGCAGCGCCAGCGAUGUGCUGUCAU